AUGCCGAAAUACGACCUUUUCAAACCGCUGGACUUCCUGGCCUGCGUCAAGAAUGUCCAUGUGGCGUACCACCCGGGAAGACCGCGCUCCGAAGUGUGUCGCCAACUGAUUCACCUCAUGAAGUCCGAAUCCGUCAAAAAGAAGUUCCCUACUCUCCAGGCGUCUUACCAGCUUCUCGGGUACAACGCGCCGUCAAUCAUAAAGAUCGAGUUGAUAAACGGAAAGAAACACGAGUUUCAUGCGGAACACUUUAGUUUGCGGGAGAUGCAGAUGCGAUUUGACAAAGACCAGUUCGAAGCCUAUCUCGAGUACAUGAAGAGCCAGUCCGUCGAGGCCAAGCCUGGAGACGACGACCUCUGA